AUGAAACUCUCACACAGCACUGUCUUAUAUGUAAUUCUCACUACGGUUUUGUGGAGCAAAGGUUCCCUUGGCAUUGAUGCCAUACUCCCAGCUCAGCAAAGUGAUGUGAAUUUGAUAUACAAAAAUCUGCUAAAGGAAAUUUACAAGGAGCAAGCCUAUGAAACCAUGCUUUUAGUGCAUCGAGAAUAUGGCGAAGAUCUGGCGGCAUUUCAUGAGUUUGCUAUACCAAAAGUCCUUUUAACAUUGAAUGGUACUUUUUACUUCAAACAUUUCUUCAACUCUGAAGUAUUGGUGGUGAUGAAGAUGUCCUCUAAAUUGGACAUGGCCUUGUUAGAGACCACAGCAAAUACCUUAAAUUAUACACGCCAAAGCAGAAUGCUGAUAAUGGCAGAAAAUGUCCUCACCCCAAAGGCAUUUUUUACCAAGCUCUUGGGUUUUCUUCAAAUGCAAAAAAUGACAAAUGUCCUCUUGGUGUUGUCAUACCAAGACCAGUGGCUGUACUUUAAACUUCAACCUUAUCCGGAAUAUCAUUGGCAAAGUGUUUCAACUACGGCUGAUGGGUUCUUUACGAAACAUUGGCAUAAUUUACAGAAUAAAACACUGAUGACUUUUGUAGAGCAGACAGCUUCGCGUACCCUUGUCUACGCCGAUUCGCAGGGACAACUACAGAUGAGUGGAUUUGUGGCCAAGCUCGUACUUUUAUCCGCCGAACACUAUAAUGCCACACUCAGUAUGUUCUAUCCCCUGCAGGUGGGCAAUAAGACACAUUUCAGUGUCAUCAAUCAAAUGGUCAUUGAUGAGCUCCUGGAUAUACCCAUUACUUUGGUGCCUUUAAUCAACGUCUAUUUUCGCUGCAUUACAGAUACCUACGAAAUCAAUCAGAUAAGACUUUUGAUACCUCUGGGCAAGGUUCUUACGGCAAGAGAGAUCUUUGGGGUACUAUUGAAUGGCUAUUUCUUUGGAUGCCUUUUAAUGGCUUCCCUGCUAUUUUCCACACUACAUUCCAUGGUAGUAUACCUGCGUUAUGGCCUAUAUCAUCAUUUGGAUUUUAUAGUCAAUGACAAAAUAUUUCCGGGAAUUUUGGGUCAGUCCUUUCCCACGCUUAAGCUGAAAACCACGAGUAGUUUGAAAAUCCUCUACUUCUUUGUGGGUUUUAUAGGCUUGAAUUUUGCUACCCUUUAUUCGGCCAAGACCAAAACGCUUUUCACUUCACCUCCAGCACUCAAGAAUAUUCGAACUUUUGAGGAUCUGGAGCAUUCAUCUUUAAAAUUUUUGUUACCCAGCGACGACGCACGAGAAAUGGGCAUCAAUGACAUCUUGGCACCAGUCAAAAACUCUCUAUUGAUAAGCUCGAAUACAUCCUUUGUGCAUGAGAAUCGCCAGAAUUUGAAUCCUGCCUUCGUUUAUGGUGCCACCACACAGACCUACAACAUAUUGUGGCGAAAGCAGAUGUUUUCCUCUCGCCCAACUUUUCAUUCUCCCCCUGAAACCGUGCUGUAUGGCAUGAUUCCCUGGGGAUUUCAGCUGCAACACAACUCACCCUAUCUGGAGCCAUUGAAUCAACUCAUACAUCAGGUACAUGCUGUUGGCCUCAUGCAUGUUUGGCAUGACCAAUUAUUCUUGGAUAUGUUGAGACUGAAGUUGGUUUCCAUAGAAGAUCUCAAUCCCGUCAAAGAAUUUUCACAGCUAAGUAUGGAGGAUUUAUUUUUUAUUUGGUUGAUAUUGGUCAUUGGAUGGGGCAGCAGUGCGCUGGUAUGGCUAAUGGAAAUGUGGAUUUAUAGAAUGUGGAUUGUAGUUGAAUAG